GAGCCAAUUCUGCAUUUCGGUACGAAAAACCCUAAAACCCUAACUCGGCGCCAUAUUUCGAAAGCCUACUCUUUUUUCACUGAUUCCGCCACCUCCACCGUUUCCGCCCGCCUACCGUUGCCUGAUUCCCCCGGGAGGCUUCUACCCUAAAACUUCUUACCUCGACGUAAUGGCUGGAAGAUCAAUUUCGUCUCAGCUACACGCUAUCAAAACUGUCCUGAACGCCUCCACUGAUCCCGAACCUGGUAAAAAGCGGCCGCUAACUCGUCCCUCAAUUCUAUUUGAUGCCAAAGCAGCUGCGGAUGUCGACCUCGACACCAUUUUCAGCGUCGCCCUUUCUGGUUUGGAGGUUUUAAUAAGUAUGGAGGAGCGCUUUAGGAACUACAAGAAUGAUUUGUUCAGUUUCCAGAGCAAGGAGCUGGACAGGGAGUUGGUAGGCCAAGAAGAAAACAAGCGAAUCAAUGCAUCACUUGGCUCGUAUUUGAGAUUGUUAUCAGGAUACCUCGAGUUGCAUUCUGCAUUGAAGACGCUGGAGUAUUUGAUUCGUAGAUACAAGAUUCAUGUGUACAAUGCAGAAGAACUGAUUUUAUGCGCAUUGCCAUAUCAUGACACACAUGUAUUUGUUCAAAUAAUUCGGUUAAUUGAUGCAGGAAAUAGUAGGUGGAAGUUUCUCGAUGGAGUUAAAGAAUCAGGUGCACGGCCACCAAGAGAAGUAAUUGUGCAACAUUGUGUCCGAGAUAUGGGGAUCUUGGAGACUAUCUGUAAUUAUGCUACACCAGUCAAAAAGAUCCAAACGUCACAGCAUGUCACUGGCUUUUGUACGGCAGUUAUUUUUGAGGUUUUAGGGCUUGUUACUGUUGAUAGUGAUAUUGUUAAGAGGAUUCUUCCAUAUGUGAGUUCUGGGCUGCAACAUGGUGCAAAGGGAUUGAAUCAGAAGGCUUCAGCUCUAAUGAUUGUGAGUUUACUAGCCCAAAAGGCAGCUUUGGCACCUAAUGUUGCUAAAAGCUUGUUGCAUUCAGUGGCAGACAUGGCUAGAACAGAUGCAAAGGAAGGACGUGACAUGCGAUGGCUGCGCAUGUCAGUUAUGACCAUAAUCUCAAUAGUUCAGCUUCAGUGCAUGGAUUCAAUUCCCAAGAAGACUCUAGAUGCCUUGAAUGAAAUCAGGGAUAUUUCAGGGAUCCUUUCAGGAUUGACGAAGGACUUCAAUAUUGAUAAAUUCUUAGUUGUUCUUCUGGAAUCUUUGCUCGAGUAUAGUGCUUCAGAUGAUGUGUGCCAUCAUAUUUUAAUGUCAAUGAUAAAGACUGUUCCAGUAAGAACCUUUGUCAGUCGGAUAGUCACUGGACUUCUAGCUACACAUAUGAAGUCAUCCCAAGGCACCCAGAACAAGCAGAUUUUGGUUUCUAUUUGUGAGAAGUAUCCAAAUGAAUCUCGGGAAGCCUUCUAUAGUUUCUUGAAGGAUGCCAAGAUUCAGAAGAAAGUUCAACCAAGCUAUGAUGCACUCUGUAAGAUAUUAGAUGAGCAUUUGGAUGCUUCACGAGAAAUACCCGAUCCAAAAUCUUUUUUUGCUCUGGAACAUUCUGAGGCUGAUGUUCGAAGGUCGGCAGUCUUGGGCUUGGAUGUAGCCAACAUCCUGGGGGAGAAAGUUGCUGGCUCGAAGAAGUUUUAUGCCAUUCAAGAUGCACUUCUUCGCCGGCUUUAUGACGAUGAUCUAAAUGUUGUACUGGCAGUCCUGAAUUUAAAAAAUUCGGAUGCAAUAUUAAGUUCACCACUUCUCACUGAUGCGUUGCAGAACUUGCUUCAGCGAUGCAUUCAGAUUUUGCUGUCAAGUUCAUCGUCAGCCAGCAAGAAUGUUGCUUUAUUGUGCACACAACAAGUUAUUGCAAAUUUCAAAGAUCAGGAACAAUAUGUGACAACAUUCGCUACAAUGAUCUUCCCCUUACUUUUAGUUCGACCGAAGACUCGGAGGUUGAACUUGAAGGCAUUAGAAUUGGCUAAAGAACUGAAAUGGCCUUUUUAUGAAAACUUAGUGCUUCUUCCAGGGUUAGAGAAGAAGUUGGAUCCUGAACAAAUAUCUUCGAUUAAUACUGAUAACAUCAAUAAGCUGGCCAAGACCUUCUCAUCAAGACCUGAUGAGUUCAUGCCGUGGCUUGUCAAAUGCUGCAACUCCCAUGAGAUUUCAAAGACAUUAUUCUUUUUGAUUUUGUUGCAGUCACUGAGGAUGCUGAAUAUGGGCAUUGGUCAAUUUUUUGCAUUUUUUGAUUCUUGUUUCCCAAUUCUAAAGAAUGAGUGGGAAAUGUUAGAGUCACUGGGCAUAUCUGCGGAGCAGUCCAAGAAAAGAAUCGUACAUGGUGACUUGAAAGGAAUCCUUGAAGGUCUUGACACUGACAUCAACAAUCUCCAUGCUGAGAUUCUUGCUUGCUUGUUCUUGAGUCUCUCAGAAGCUUUUGUUGCAACAGCACCUAAUGGUGUUUCCUUGGAUAUGAAGGAGAAAUGGGUAUCCAUACUUGAGGAUCUAUUCAUAUUCUAUGCGUGUCACUCUAAAGGUCCCUCUGAUGGUGCUUUCAAGAAGCAUCUGGAAUACCUAUCCAUGAAGUGCAAGAUGCCUUUGAUGGAAAUAAUGUUAAAAUUGUUUGUGGAAGAAGGAAUUCCAGGUGCUGCUCAAAUAGAGAGCCUUCAUUCUUUCGCGAAUAUCUGUUCUCAGUUAGAUGAGACUUUGGCCCGUCAACUCCUUCCACAGUUCCCUUCAGUUCUUGUUCCACUAUCAAGUGACAACCAGCAUGUGAGGCAGGCUGCCAUGAGCUGCAUCAAAAAGCUUAAUGUGUUUUUGUCCCACAUUAACAGGAAUGGCAAUGAUGUAGCCUCGCUGCAUUUUCUUGGAGAUCUACUGUGCUUAAUCAUUCAACAAGAAACGAUGAUAGUAUCAGAUAAAAAUUUUCUGGCCUCGUUCUUCAAAUCGCUCCUGUGUUCAUCAUCUGAAAGCCUUUUGGUGCAUUCGGCUAUUGGAAAGAGGUUUGACGAGUCCACCAGAGAUAAAAUUCUGGUAUAUCUGCUUAGUCAUGCUCUUGGACUUCCUGCCUAUGCCAAGCUGAAAAUUCUUAGUUUGGUCAAAGGUGCUGGAAGUAAACUCCUAUCUGUUUCUGGGGCGAGAUCAUUAUUGAAUGAUCUUUUGGAAAAUCGCUGUUUAUAUUACCUAGGGGAUGCCAAGUCAUGCAAUAAGUUGUCACAAAGUGAAGUUGACAUAUUGUGCCUUCUGCUGGAGUGCUGUACUGGAGCAAAUUCAUCUCAUGAAGCACAGGACUUAGGGGAUAUCAUAUUGAAGGCUUUAUGGGUUAAUGAUUCUGAAGACUCUGCAAUAAUAGAGCCAUGCAUGACAGUUUUGAGAAAUCUUACCAGUUCUCUGUAUGAAGAUUUGAAGACUGAAACUCAGGAACUCGUCUUCCGAAACCUUUUGGUUUUGUUUAGGAGUGUCAAUGGCGUUAUACAGAAUUCUACUAGGGAGACCUUGUUGCGAAUCAAUAUUCAUUGUUCAGUUGUUGUAAGGGUUCUCAAUUUGAUUAUGGAACCGAAAAAGUUUCCAGUGACUCCACAACAUGGGAAGAAGCAAAAGAAAUCCUCUAAACAUCAUGUUCCUGAUUCUAAUUCUGGAAUGCUUGACAAAGAAAGAACCAAAUCUCUCUUGAGUGCUCUUCUUGAAGUAAUGUUAAUCAAGAAAAACAUAAUUAAGAGAACUUCACUUGUUGGCCCCUUAUUUAAGCUCCUCCACUUGAUAUUUGUGAAUGAUGAGUGGAUAUCUGAAGCCACAGACCAGGAUAAAGUGCUUAUAGCUGCUCCAUCUAGUGUUGCCUCUGAGACGGCAGCCUACAUUCAGCAGACUCUGCUACUGACUUUGGAAGAUAUCAGUGCUUCAAUGGCAAAUGAUACCCAACAAAAGGACAUGGCUCAUAUUUUUGAUCUGCAACUUUUAGUAAGUUGUGCCCGUUCUUCAAGUGAUGCUGUUACUCGGAAUCAUGCAUUCUCAUUGAUCACUACCCUUGUAAAGAUUAUACCUGACAAAGUCUUGGAUCAAAUCUUAGAUAUUCUUGCUGCUGUUGGGGAAUCUACUGUAACACAGUGGGAUAGAUAUUCUCAACGUGUAUUUGAAGGACUUAUAUCAGCGAUUAUACCUUGCUGGUUAUCUAGGACUACCAACUCAGACCAGUUCCUUCAGGUGUUUGUGGAUGUUUUGCCACAAGUUGCAGAACAUAGGAGACUCCCCAUUAUUGCGCAUAUACUAAGGACUCUGGGAGAGGCUGAAAAUCUGGGUUCACUGCUCUUCCUCCUGUUCCAUUCAUUGAUCUCUAGGAAUAAAGAACUUAAUUUCCAUGUUCAUGGGCGUUCUUUGGAACACUUGACUUUUGCAAUCAAUAAGCUGUGGGAGUACGAAUUUGCUGUGAUACUCUGUGAGCAGUAUUCUUGCACAACUUGGCUUCCUUCUCUUAUCUUAGCACUUAAGAGAAUUGGAAAUAAUUCCUUAAAUGAAGACACAUCUAUGCAUUUGCUGGUGACAAUGCACUUUGUUGCUAACAAGUUGCGAGAUCCUGAAAUUUACUACAAGCUCGAGUUGGAAGAAACUUCAAAUGAGAUUCAGACUAUGGCUGGUGACCUUAUGGAGCAAGUUGUGUAUCAUCUUCACCUGGUUGACUUUAAAAAGAAUCAUGUUAGUGUUCCGGCUUUCAUCAAGAGUGAGCUCAAGGAGUUCAUUCGUGGCGUCUUGAAAACUCUUACAAAGGGCCUUCUGCCCUCCACCUAUUUCAAAGUCACUAUUACAUUGAUCAGUCAUGUUGAUAGAGAUGUCAGGAAGAAGGCUCUUGGGCUUUUGUGUGAGACCGUGAAGGACUUGGGUACAAACACCAAGAUCGAUAAGAAGGAUUCAGUGUCAAGCUUAAGAAGCUUAUGGGUGAAUCUGAACAAGACAUCUGAGGAAUCAUUUGAGAAGUUGUGUUUGGAAAUAUUGUCAUUACUUGAUGCCCCUGAUGAUAGCUCUAGUACUUCCCUGAAACUGGCAGCAGUAUCUGCAUUGGAGGCAUUAGCCAAUAGGUUUCCUUCACAAGAUAAAAUCUUUAGCAUGUGCUUUGGAUCUGUAUGUAGAGGGAUCUGUUCGGACAAUACAAUUCUCUCUAGUCAUUGCCUUCGAGCGACUGGUGCUUUAGUUAAUGCACUGGGGCCAAGAGCUCUUCCUGAACUUCCUGGUGUUAUGGAUUCUAUACUUGGGAGAUCUCGUGAUGUUUCUUCAGCGGUUGCAGAAAUUCAGAGAACACACAACAAUGCUACUUGGUCUUCAUCAGAGUAUUCCCUUUUUUUGUCAAUUCUACUAACCUUGGAGGCAGUCAUCAGCAAGCUUGCAGGGUUUCUAAAUCCAUACCUGGGGGACAUAUUAAAACUAGUUGUGUUGCAUCCUUUGUCCUUUUCCUCUACUGAUCAUAAGUUGAAAUUGAAAGCUGAUGUUGUGCGCAAGCUCAUUACUGAAAAGAUUCCCGUUCGACUUCUGCUCCCACCUGUGUUAUCAAUGUACACUGAUGCUUUUAAGUCUGGGCAAUCCAGUUUGCUGAUUGUUUUUGAAAUGCUUGGAAAUUUGGUUGGUUCAAUGGAUAGAUCAUCGGUUGGUGCUUACCAUGCAAAAGUAUUUGACUUAUGUCUGCUAGCUCUUGAUAUACGGCAUCAGAACCCUGCUUCAGUUCAGAAUAUUAGUUCUGUUGAGCAAUAUGUCAUCAAUGCUAUUGUUACCCUGACAAUGAAACUCACAGAGACUAUGUUCAGGCCCCUUUUUGUCAAGACUAUUGAAUGGUCAGGCCUAAAUGUGGAAGGUGAUGGAGACUCUCCUGGAAAUGCUAAUAGUCGGGCCAUCUCUUUCUAUAGUUUGGUGAACAAACUUGCUGAAAGCCAUCGGUCACUGUUUGUUCCAUACUUCAAGUAUUUUCUGGAUGGCUGUGUUCGAGGUCUUCUUGAUGCUGAAGAUACGAACACUGGACUGUCUCAGAAGAAAAAGAAGGCUAAGCUUAAUAUUAAAACAAAGGACAAAGAUGGUGCAUUGUCCCUUCGAAUGUGGCAUCUCCGGGCUUUGAUCUUGUCAUCUCUCCAUAAGUGUUUUCUCUAUGAUACUGGAAACUCAAAGUUUCUUGGUGCUUCUAAUUUUCAGGUUCUUUUGAAACCGUUGGUAUCACAGCUUGUAGUGGAACCCCCAGUUGAUAUUGAAAGUCAUCCUGAUGUACCAUCUAUAGAAGAAGUGGAUGGUUUGUUGGUUGCCUGUAUUGGUCAGAUGGCUGUUACUGCUGGUUCAGACCUCCUCUGGAAGCCACUGAAUCACGAGGUAUUGAUGCAGACUCGCAGUGAAAAGAUGCGUGGCCGCGUCUUGGGCUUGAGAAUAAUUAAGUAUCUUGUGGAGAACUUGAAAGAAGAGUAUCUGGUAUUUUUGCCUGAAACUAUUCCCUUCCUUGGUGAAUUGCUUGAAGAUGUGGAGCUACCUGUCAAAUCUCUUGCACAAGAUAUUCUCAAAGAAAUGGAAUCUAUGAGUGGCGAAAGCCUUCGAGAGUACCUGUGAUGUAUCUGCUGUUUAUUACGAUCAUUAACUCGCCUUUGUAGUCGAGUACAUCAAAGCAAUAUAAGAUGCCAUUAGUGAGAUGAGACUCUGUAUAGCAUUUAAUUGUCAUGUAUGUUUAGCGGUGUUUAUAAAUACUUUCAUUUGGAGUUGAGAAGACGAGAAGGAGUACCAUUUUUGUUUAUUUUGUUUUAUAAUAGCACUGAUCUCUCUUCCAAUAAAUUUU